ACACAUGUCUCGACGUCAUCAAAUGAGAUAUGAGCCGCUUAUUGCUCGUUGCACGCGGCACGCAGCACGCCCCGCUCAUCAACAUCUGCGUGCUCGGGCAUCCUUCCUACGCUCUCCUUCCAUCAUCUUAUCAUCUGCCUCCGACCUGACGCUCCACUCCCGCGAACCCGACAGCGGGAGGGAAACUGCAAGCAAGCUGAAGCACCCUUCUUUCUCCCGUUGAACACCUCGGCCCAAGCCCAGCUACCCCGCACACUUUACUGCACACCAUGGCCGCCCGCAACGACCUCUCGCACCUUGCCGACAGCGAUGACCGGUCCUACGUCGUAGGCAAGACCGCUCUGCAGUGGGCACAGUACGCCUGCCUCGCCGCCACACCCAUCUAUGCCGUCCAGGCGGUGCGGCAUGGCGCGUUUAGCUUUCACCGGCUGGCGCGGUACAACUGGACCAUCCCCCUCGCAGGAGGAGCGCUCGGAGCUGGCUAUAGCACCGUGACUGCGGCGUCGAAGAGCGCAGCGACGCUUAAGGAAGAAGCAACGCAACUGCGCUACGACCGCAGUCGCGUGCGCCAGGAGGACUACCACCUGAUCGGCGCCGCCGUCGGCGCCCUCGUUCUGCCUGCGCUGCUGCUCCGGAGAGUCGGCCUCUUCAACGGCGCACUGGGCGGAGCAGGCCUCGGCGGCGCCGCCGGCCUGGGGUACAACUUUGCCGAGUCGUUGAGCGGCGGCGCCAGCACCCUCAGCUCCAAACCGGCGAUGCAGCGCGAGGCUGAGGCCUUCGGGCAACAGGCCAAGGACCUGGGGAAUCGGUCGCUCAGCAAGGGAAAGGAGACGCUCAAAUGAAGUGAAUCACGGUUGGAACAUCAUAUUGUGAAUGGAGUAGGGAGAAAGACGGAAGCGCCAGCGCUAAGCAAAUGUGCAACACCUAUAGCCUUUUCUUCGCACGUCGGCAGGGGAACGGCGGCUUGACUAUACGAAAUGAUAUCUCUGCUUUCUAUGGAUCAUCGGCUACAUACAUACUUGACACAGGCUGGUCUGCUCCCGUCUAUUU